AUGUUAUCAUUAAAAAAUGUGUAUUAUUUCCAAGCUGGCAUUGGAAUCUUAGCCAACGCCUUCCUCCUUCUCUUCCACAUCUACACAAUCAAUCAGAAUCAUAGGACUAAACCCAGUGAUGUGACCACCUGCCACUUGGCUUUUGUCCACAUAGUGAUGCUACUCACUACACUGGAUAUUUUAUCUGCAGAUAUAUUCAAGUCACUGAAUGCUCCCAAUGACUUAACAUGUAAGGCUUUGUUCUACUUGAGCAGGGUGAUGAGGGGUCUCUCCAUCUGUACCACCUGCCUCCUGAGCAUCAUCCAGGUCAUCACCAUCAGCCCCAGCACCUUCUACUUAUCAAGAUUUAAAAAUCAACUCACGAAGUAUAUUAUCCGUGCUUUCUUCUGUGUUUGGUCCCUCAACUUAUCUUCCAAUAGUAACAUGAUCAUCUACACUGUAGCUCAUUCCAACAUAACCAAUCUACUCAAUAUCAAUAAGUACUGUUCACUUCCUUCAAUGAAGCCCAUCAUCAUGAGUAUAUUUUUCACACUUGCAGUGUCCCAGAAUGUCUUCUUUGUAGCAGGCAUGCUGAUCUCCAGUGUAUACAUGGUGAUUUUCUUAUCUAGCCAUCAAAAGAGGUCUCGGUACCUUCACAGCAUGAAGGUUUUACCAAGAACUUCCCCAACAACAAGAGCCACUCAGACUGUUCUGCUGCUGGUGAGUUUCUUUGUGAUCAUGUACUGUUUGGAUAUUAUCAUCUCCUCUUCAUCAGCCAUUUUGGAGAAAUACGAUCCAGUUGUUCUGGAUGUCCAGAGACUUGUAUGCAAUGUCUAUGCUACUGUCAGUCCUUUGGUGUUUAUCAGUUCUGAUAAAAGGAUAGCUGCCAUUCUGCAAAACAUGAUUUAUAUGACACCAAUUUUGAAAAGUCGGUGA